AAAUAAUUAAAAAAAAAAAUUCUCUCCCCAGAGUAUCUUGGAGUAUGAAUCAUGCAGCAUGGUGAAGAACCCAUGAUUUAGGUGGAGCUGACACUUAACCACACACGCAUCCUAGGACAAGUCACCCAAUGUCACCGAGCCUCAGUUUUCAUGUCAGAAAAAUGGGAUAAUGAUACCACCUCUUUCCCGGAGCCGCUGCACGGGAGUUAAUGGGCCUCUAUUCCCCUUUGUUCUCUGGAUGACAAAACUGAACCUUGGGUAGGAGAACUGAUUUGCAGCACAAUGCUGCUUUGGGAGGUUCCUCGGGCUGGCUGAGAUAUAAGCCCAUUAAUCAAAUCCAAGGGAAAACUUAUUAAAAACAGAUAUCUAAUCCAAACCAGAGGAUAUUAUUUAACCAGGAAAAAAAAAAAAACACACAAUAAUAUGUAGUGCUGGCCUAGCUGUAGCAAAACAAAACACAUUCAAAGUGAUGGGCCAGAGGGCCGAGGAAUCGCCGCAAGAUCCAGUCUCGGUCCACGCUGCCUGUCACACAGCCAGUCGGCCAACCCAGCGUCCGCCACUACCGCAGCCAUGGGAGUGCAGGUGGAGACCAUCUCUCCCGGAGAUGGGCGCACCUUCCCGAAGCGUGGCCAGACCUGCGUGGUGCACUACACGGGGAUGCUUGAAGAUGGAAAGAAAUUUGAUUCCUCCCCGGACAGAAACAAGCCCUUUAAGUUUGUGCUGGGCAAGCAGGAGGUGAUCCGAGGCUGGGAAGAAGGGGUAGCCCAGAUGAGCGUGGGUCAGAGAGCCAAGCUGACUAUCUCCCCAGGCUAUGCCUAUGGUGCCACUGGGCACCCAGGCAUCAUCCCACCAAAUGCCACUCUCAUCUUUGAUGUGCAACUUCUAAAACUGGAAUGACAGGAGUGGCCUCCUCCCUGAGCUCCCCAUUCUUGGAUGUGCCACAGAAGGAUCUGCCGCCUCAAGACGCGCACAGCGAGUCCAUAUGGAGCUUUUCCUGAUGUUCCACUACACUCUUUGCAUAAACAUCUUCCCAGACUGAAUGUGUUCUGCCACCGGCUUUGCUCUUCCCCUUUCUCCUCGUAUGUGUGUUGACCUGAACUAUAUGCCAUAAACCUCAAAUUACUCAGUUUGUUUUUGUUUUGGGGUGAAGAUUGAGUUUCAGUCCUUUGGAUCUAGUUUUCCAAUUAAGUAUUAGUCAAGUAUUAACAGCACAAGUAAUGGGUUAACUUUAGACUAGGAAUUGGUGUUGGGGUGGGGGGGUGCAAGAAUCUUUAUUUUAUUUUAUUUUUUUGGAUAAAAGUUUUAUCUCUUAUAUAUUAAACGUUCUUGCUGCUGCACUGCAAAGCCAUAGCAGAUUUGAGGCGCUUUUGAGGGCCGAAUUAUUCUCCAAGUUGAGAGAUGUCCUCGGGUUGAAUUGAAAGCCCUACCCAAAACUGCAGUGGGAAGGGGGAGAGCCUUUGCCUCCACUGCCCCACCCUCACCCUCCUCGUAGACCCUCUGCCUUUUGAAAGCAGAUCAUUUUCACUGAGAUGUUGGACAUUGCAGAUGUCUGUUCCCCAGGCCAGCAGGGACCUCUGAAACCUUCAUGGCCUGGCCUUUUUUUUUUUCAUCCUGUGGUUUUUCUAAUGGAUAUCCAGGAUUUUUGUAAUCGCAUAGCUAUCCAAGCUCUACUUCCUAAAUUUUAAGAACUUCAAUCGAAAGUUAAAUCGAAGGUGCUGUUUGUAGACACUUAACACCCAUGAACGCCCAGCCAUCAUGACAAAUCCUUGAGUGUUGUCUUAAGAAAAUGAUGCUAGUCAUCACAGCUUCAGCAUCACCUAUUUUUUGAUGCUCAGCUCCCCCUGCUGAUCUCAGAGUUUCCUGACUUCUCCUUGCCCCCCUCACCCCUUUGCUGUCCUGUGUAGUGAUUUGGUGAGAGAAAUUGCUGCCUACUCCCCCAGCCUACCCCCACUCCCUGCACUACACAUGAGUUUCAAGUUUUAUUAUUGCAAUAAAAGUGCUUUAUGCUGG